GUCACUUUCCCUCGACGCUAGAAGCGAGAGGACCUUUUUCCGGGCGGAUUUGUCGAACAUCGUACGUCCGCUCGCCCUUUCGCCAAAAAUCACAAAAUGUAUUACAAAUUUAGCGGUAUCACACAGAAGCUGACGGGGUCUUCUCCGGCGACGGCCUACUCUCCCCAGGGUCUGAGGCCAAGUGUACCAACAGAAUCCCCUUCCAUGAUCUUUGCCACACCCACCAAGGUGGUGUCAGAGAGCGGGGCCAUGGCGGAGUACAUGGGUGCUAACAAGGUGCCUGACUUCCAGCGAAUAUUCCAGACAUCAGACGGCAUCCCCGUUCACAUGAAGCGCGGCGUUCCCGACAAGCUUCUGUACCGCACCACCAUGGCUCUGACCGUGGGAGGCGUUCUCUACUGCCUGGUGGCCCUCUACAUGGCGGCCCAGCCCAAAAACAAGUGACCCCUCCCAAAGCAGGACUGACCCAUCCUACCUUGACACUUUCAUUAGCAGUCAUGUUUCCACCAAGCGGCCCAGUACGCCCAAUUCAGCUUCCUGUGGUGAGGGUCUGAACCACAGUUACAGACAGUGAUCAUUUAUUCACACGUAUGUUGCAGCCAGUGUCGUAAUAGUGCGGGAUUUUCUCCACAUUUUAAAGCAGAGUUGGUUCAAGCUGCUGGACUCAUGACCCUUCAAAGCAGCUACUGCCGGAGGUUAGCUACAGCCACAACUAAUUCCUCGUUUUAACACGGACGAUGAAGAUCAGAAGUAAACAAACAUGGAGGCCAUUUUGAUUUCUUUCUCACAAACAGAACCUUGCCACAGUGAGCCAAACUGUACUGCUUGGUGGAAAGGGUUUACCUUGACAUGCUGACACCCAGCGUUUAGCUCCGCCCUCUGUGAAACCUCAAUAAUAAAAAAUGAUCACAAUAAUGCCGCCUUUUCUAUAGAAAAUGUAAUGAUUGAAUAAAUGCUAUGUGAGAGCAGG